GUGGAGAAAAAUUCGUGUAGCGAAAUUAUUUUUAAUUGUUACAUUUUUGAUAGAAGUUAAAUACCAACACGAUGCCGAAAAAGACACCAUUCAGCAAGAUCCGUAAAAGAACUAAACGGUCGAAGUGCAUAAGAAGACUGAAGGAAAAAUACAAAGAAUUUGUUAAUGCUGGUUUCAACUCUGUGGAAAGGACAUCUUCCAGUUUAACAGAUUAUGCUCCUGCUGCUGCUACACAGAUGGAAACGUCUGCCUACGUACCACCUGUAUGCCAGGGCGAUCACGACACCACCAGCGGUAACGUCCAAAAUAUAACCGACGAGGAUAUUUCUGGAUUGGAUUGCUCAUUCUUGCCAAGUGAAGAAGUAUCGAAUGUUGAAAUUCUUCCAAAUGAAACUGCUGAAACUGUGACAAUGAAAGAAAAAAUCGUUCAAGGACGUCGUUUUGUAAAUAUGAGUCACAUGUUAAACCAACUCACAUCUUUAGCUACUCAUGUGCUACAGUGCACAACAGCUACUUCACUUAUAAAUGCAUGA